AUGACUGAACCAACACAAAGACUUGCAGUUCUAAAUUGCAACAAUUUCAAUCCACUGUUUGAUCUACUUGAAGAAAUUACUACAAAUUAUAAAGUAGAAAAAUGCACAUCUAAAUCUGGAAACAAAUGUUUUGUAGUUAAAGCUGAAAUUAAAGACAAUAUAAAAAUUUAUGAAGUCUUAAAUAACCUAGAAGUAGAGGAUAGUGUUCUUGACUGUAGAUUUGUAGGACCCGAAUUAAUUUUUGACCAAAUAGAAGAUGUUAACAGAGAGGUUUGUGAAGACGUUGUUGAACAAUCUGACAGUAAUAAAGUUCUUAAGGACGAUUUAAAAAUCGAUUGUAAUGACGAUUUAGACACAGAUUUUGUGGUCAAUUUAUACGAUAGUAGGUUUUUAGAGAUGUAUAUCAAUGACGAUUUUUAUAUUGACACUUCGCACGAUGAAUACAAAAAAUGUAGUUUUUUAAAAUAUUUUAUUGAAGCUAAAAAGAAAUUUAAACAUAAGUAG